AUGGCAGCUUCAUCCACCCCCAGGCUGCCGCCACUCAGCAUGAAUGAGUCACCUCAGCCACACUCCUGCGAAAUAUGCCAGGACAGGCUGAUAUUCGCACGGCAUUAUGUCGACAAUGUCGACCAAGGGUGGUGGGAUGAGAUUUCGGACCACAACUACUAUGCCACCGGCAGGGCCUACACAUUCAACAUCUCCUACGGUGAGGCGCUUGAGCAGGCCCAGGCUGGUUGCGAGCUGUUUGCGUGGCUCGUGACGCUGCACCGUCCGGACACCUGGGACGAGAGCUGGCUUCGUGCGUACUACACGAGCCCGCCUGAGAUCCACAUGGUUCUUGACUGGGUCAAUGACCUGGAUGAUCAUGUUGACGGUGGAGAUCCUUCUCGUCAGGUUGUUGUGUGCGCGGAAGAAGGGGUGGACUCGAAACUAGCAGUCAAGGUGGUUGAGUCGUCCCAGGAAAUCCAACAUUCUUAUGUAGCCCUGAGCUACUGCUGGGGAGGUGACCAGAGAGCCAAGCUGCGUCAAGCCAACAUGAACGAAUGGCGCGAAGGGCUCCCCUAUGAGAGCCUUCCGCAAACAAUCAAGGAUGCGAUAACUGUCACUUUGAGUUUUGGGUUAUCUCAUCUCUGGGUGGAUGCUCUAUGCAUUAUCCAGGAUUCAGACGAUGAUAAGGCACAGGAGAUCUCGCGGAUGGGCGACAUAUACGAACAGGCCCACUUCACUAUUACCGCCGCCCGGGCGAAAAUGGUCGAGGAAGGAUUCCUGCAUUCUCGUACUAUCGCAGGCGAGAGAGGAUUCCGGAUCCCAUAUCUCUGUGUGAACGGUGAUUUGGGUUCCGCCGUGUUCUGGACAGGCAGGGCAAACUGUGAACCGGAACCGACUGAGAUACGGGCUUGGUGCUUCCAAGAGUCCAUUCUCUCACCUAGGGUGCUUUACUUUGGGACACAUAACUCCAAGUGGAUAUGCGCAGAGACGCGAAAGCAAGACUCCAGACCUCUCUACGACGGCUGUAUUGGAGACUCAAGCCUGAAUCUCGAGAGUAUCAACAGCAGCAGACAUUUGGUCUACGGCGUAGAAUGGACCACUAUGGCUGAUUCCGAGGCUUUUUACCUCAGGUGGAGAGAUCUUCUGCAGUACUAUUCUGUCAUGGAGGCCGGACAGCAACAGGACAGGUUGCUGGCUAUCUCGGCCAUUGCGAAGAAGAUCGGUGGGAUCGCAAAGGACAGGUACUCGGCCGGAAUCUGGAUGAACAGACCAAGCGAUUCACUCACCUGGGUGUCCUGCUCUGACGAAGCCAAGAGACUGACUGGCUACUUUAUCCCUUCGUGGUCGUGGGCAUCGAUAUCGGGAGAGGUCCGCUUGGAGAGUUGCACUCCCAAGGAAGAGUUCUCCAUUCAGCACUUGAAAGUCAAAAACCAGAUACCAGGCGACGACUUCAGUGCACCGAUCGAAGCACAGAUGAAGUUGCAGACGCUGACGUUUCCAGCUCACGUCCGCAGAGAUGAGGAGUACGGUGGGGACUUCUUGUGGGACCUGGCAGUCGGCGAAGCCGUUGAUGGCCAGCUGUAUCUGGACGUAGCUAUCGACAGCACGGAGCGAGAGAUUUCGCAUGACGAGGAGCUUCUCGUGGCCUUUGUCGACCGAAGUGUGGCCCUUGUCCUCAAACGGUGCUUGGACAAGUUGACGUUUCGGCGGAUCGGCAUCUGCAUCUUGAUGCGCAAUCGAGAGGACAUUCUAGAGUUGAAAGAAAUAACCCUCUCUUGA